AUGACAUUGGCAUAUUUACCGCCGGCGCGUUCAUUGCAAGUGCAGCAGCGCUCCUUGCCGCCCGCCCGCAAUGCAGUGCUCCGUCAGCUGGGCCAGGCCGCCUGGCAGCUGGCCAUGCGCUUUGGCAAACGCACCACGAUCCAUGGACUGGACAAGCUGCUGGCAGCACAGGCCAGCCGCACCGAACGCUUCGUCUGGCUGUGCACGUUCAUUUCGGCAUUUCUGGGCGCCGUCUAUGUGUGCCUGAUACUGUCGCAGCGCUACAACGAUGGCAACUUUCAAACUGUUGUGGAUAGCACGCGUUAUCCGGUCUAUCGCAUUGCAUUUCCGGUCAUCACCAUAUGCAAUCACAAUCGCCUGAAUUGGCAGCGUUUGCCCCUGGCCAAGCAGCGUUUUAUGGCCAAUGUCAGCGAUGUGGCGCAGCUGAAGCUGUUUGAGCGCAUCGUCAGUAGCUUUGAUGCCAUGUCCUUUGGCCACUUUGAGUCCUUUGAGCAGCUACGCAACGAGCCAACGCAUCAGCUGAGCCACAUCAACUUCAGUCACGUCGUCGACUUCAUGACCUGGAAAUGCGAUGAAUUAUUGACCGACUGCAAGUGGCGUAAAUUCCCGCACGAUUGCUGUGAGAUCUUCUCCAAGCGACGCAGCAAGAACGGCCUCUGCUGGGCCUUCAAUUCACUGGAAACCGUUGAGGGCAAACGCAUGCAACUGCUGGAUCCCUUGUGGCCCUGGCGCACCGGUUCCGCCGGACCCAUGAGCGCCUUGUUUGUGCGUGUGCUCAUACAGCCGGACAAACACUGGCCGGGCCGUGUUAAUGAAAAGGCCAUCGAUGUCAUGGUCACGGAACCCUAUGUCUGGCACAAGGAUCCAUUUCGUAUACCCGCCGACACGGAAACCACGCUCGAAAUCGAGCCGACAAUAUACUUUUACGACAACGAAACACGUUCCGUCAGCUCUGAUCAGCGCCAAUGUGUGUUUGAUGUUAGUUUUCAAUUUAGCUUUGGUGGCAUUGCCGGCCUCUUUCUGGGCUGUUCGCUCAUUAGCGGCAUGGAGCUGGCCUAUUUUCUGUGCAUUGAGGUGCCCGCCUUUGGCAUUCGGGAGCUGCGUCAGCGUUUGCUUGCCAAGCGACGCAUGGAUACGGCCGCAGCCACGCCCACAAUAAAUUUGCGACAAAAUAUGCCCAGUCAGCUGGAGCAGUACAUAAUGCAGCUGAAAGUGGAGCAGGCGGCGCAGAAGCCAACAUCUCAAUUUCAGAAGUGGCAGCGUCAAACGUUUGCCCAUAAACAUGUUAUUAGCAAAUGA